AUGGUAUUUAAGGAGCAAGCGGAUGCUGGAAUAAUUGAGAGAAUUGAAAAUUUAGAUCAAUUCAAGAAGGAGCAUCCAGAGUCUAGCUUCGUGCCUUUUAUGGGCAUUUUUAAGCCUGAUCGUGAGACCACAAAAUGUAGGGUUGUGUUCCUAUCCAAUUUGAGUGACAAAGGAAGUAUGAAUCACAAUCAAACUAUGCAUGCAGGUCCAACAUUAAAUCAGAAACUCUCCACUUCCAUUAUCAAUUUGAGGUUCGGAAGCAAACUAUGUUGCUUUGAUAUAAAGAAGGCAUUCAACAAUAUAGGUCUUGAGGAAGUCGACCAAAAUCGCCUUUGUUUUUUGUGGUUUAGAAAUCUUGAAGAGGGAGAUUUUUCAAUUAUUGGCUAUAAGAAUAGUAGGACUUCCUUUGGACUUAGAUUCACCUGCAUUAUUAAUGCUUGGAUUAUACAGAUAUUGAUACUGGAUUCUACGAAUGAUUCUUUUCCAUUGAUGAAACUCAAGAGAACCAUUUAUCAGUUGUCUUAUAUGGACAACUGUGCAUUUACGGCAGAAACGUCGGAGUGUUUGUUGUGGAUGUAUACAAUGUUGGAGGAUAUUUUCAGUCCAUAUAAGUUUUCACUUCAGCAGUUUUUGUCUAAUGACAUGUCAUUACAGAAAGAAAUUGACAAAAUUCAGGAAACAGAGACUCCAACAAAAAGUAAACUGCUGGGACUUGAGUGGGAUCGAAUGAGUGAUACAUUGUCUACAAAACCCAUACAACUGGAUAUAAAUUCAUCAACAAAAAGAGAAAUUUUAUCUACUAUAGCUUCACAGUUUCGAUCUUCUUAA